GAUCAGUUGGGAACAAAGUUGCAAAAUACGGUUCCGCAUCCGAUUGCACUCCUUGAUGGUGAAAUCUUGGCCUCCCAAGAUUAUUGGCUGAUGACUGUGACCAGGUCGACUGCAAGAAAAGGAUCACAGCGUCUAGACACUAUUAUUGAGCCUAUUGUGGAACGACUGUUAGUGGGGUCGACUGCAGGAGGCAAACAGACUUCAGCGGCGUAUGUAAGAGAUACAUGGUUCUUCGUUAUCUUAAGGUCGGGUUUGACAUACCAUGACACUAGAGCAAUUCAAGCUUAUCAGAGACUUAAGCCCUUCCUUGCAUGUCCAGUAAACCUAAGGCUUUGCACUACUGAUCACCAGCAUCGCAAUGGCAGUUCUCAAGGAUUUGGAGGCUAACCAAGGGUUCCAUUUAUCCGAACACGCCAGAAACAACACGGAAAAUGGAGAAAGUGCCAGUGUUUCGACUACCAAGAACGCAAAGGCUGGUGUGUUUUCGACGUGGUAUAGGAGAUUGCUUGACGCUGGUGUCGAGGAGAAUGGGGUUCGGCCAGUGCCCAUCGAGGAAAGAACCCAAACUCAGCACAGCAACCUUUUCACUGUGUUCUUCACAUGUCUGUUGUGUAUUCUGCCGUUGCCAACUGGUGCUCUCGGCACGGCUGUAUACGGACUGGGGUUGCGAGAUGUGUCGUUGAUAAUUAUCUUUUUCAACAUUGUAACAUGCAUCCCCCCAGCUGUUAUAAGUAUCGGAGGAUGCAAGACCGGGAUGAGACAAAUGAUACAGGCUCGAUAUUCCUUCGGGCUGUAUCUUGGAAUCAUUCCCAUCCUGCUCAAUGCUGGAACGGUAACAGGGUUUACGCUCGUGGGAUCGAUCGUGAGCGGACAGGCCAUCGCAGCUGUGAACGGGAAGGCCGACAUAAGUGUGAACGUAGGCAUCGGCAUCGUUUGCACUCUCAGCUUUUGUCUCGCGUUCCUAGGAUAUCGAGCAGUCCACGUCUGGCAACGGUGGCAAUGGUUACCGAACCUGGUUGCCAUUGUCAUUGCCGUCGGCUGUGGCGGGAAGCAUCUGAUGAACCAGGCUGACCAUGACCCGGCAUCUGUGAAAAGUGUCAUCGGAUAUGGAAGUCUAAUGGCAGGAUAUUUCAUGACAUUUGGCGGUACUGUCUCCGAUUUCACCGUCUAUCACGACCCCAAGUCAUCCAAGCUCAAGGUCUUUACGUACGUGUAUCUGGGCUUGAUCGCUCCAUCGACGCCUCUGCUCAUUCUUGGAGCUGCCAUUGGUGGAGCUCUUCCUAAUGUCGAAUCAUGA